AUGGUGCGUCCAUUGGAGGGUCAGAUAGCUCUGGUGACUGGAGCGAGUCGAGGGAUUGGAAGGGGCAUUGCUCUUCAACUGGGCCAGGCUGGAGCCACCGUUUACAUCACUGGCAGAGAACCGUCGAAAAGUGAUAACAUUUAUGAGACAAGUCUGCCAGCUCUUGAUCAAACGGCAAAGGAUAUCCAAGACCGCGAUGGGAAAGCGGUGAUCGUUUAUUGUGAUCAUGGAAAAGAUGAAGAUGUGAAGAGACUCUUUGAACAAAUCGAAACGGAAACAAAUGGUCGCUUGGACAUUCUAGUCAACAACGCGUAUUCGGCUAUUAAAGAUUUCCGCUCGGCUGGUGGUGCCGCCUUUUUCGAUUUAGAGCCAAAUUUCUGGGAUUCGGUAAACAAUGUCGGCCUUCGGAACAACUACAUUUGCGGUGUGUACGCGGCGAAAAUGAUGGUGAAGAGGAAAUCUGGCCUCAUCGUGAACAUCUCAUCAGCGGGCGGGCUUCAAUACGUUUUCAAUGUGGCUUAUGGGGUCGGAAAGUGCGCUGUUGACCGAAUGUCAGCCGAUAUGGCUGUGGAGUUGAAGCCACACAACAUUGCUUGUGUCACUCUUUGGCCCGGAACUGUCAAAACAGAAAUGGCUCAAAUUAUGCAGAAAAAUGAUGAAAUCGGACAAGUGCUCAAGAUUGAUAAGGAACUUGCUGAUAAACAAGUGGAAGGAGCUGAAUCAGUCGAAUUCUCCGGAAAAGCAAUUGUAGCUUUGGCCAGUGAUUCAAAGUUGAUGAAGAAAACGGGAAAAAUUCUGCUCACCUACGAUAUUGCCAAAGAGUAUAAAUUUAAGGAUAUUGAUGGUAAAAUGCCCGGCGAUAUGAGACAAAUGAAAACAGCGUUGGAGUUUCUCGGAUGGAAACGAUUGGCUUCAUGGACUCCCGGCUGUUUGAGGGUUCCACUCAUCGGUUUACACAUGGCUAGCUAUAAAUUCUUG